AUGACACUGUGCGACUUCGUGCAAGAAGAAUGGCAAAACCAUUUGCUGUUGCAUCGAAGCAAACAAGCGUUCAAAUCUUACAAUGAAAAUGUGAAUGUCAACGUCCGAAGCAGUUCUCAUCGUCCUCAGAAACGUCGUGAGAAACAUCAUUCCGCAGCGUCAUCGAAGAAGCCAAACAAAACAUUCGGCAUCAUAGAAGAACCCUCGACAGAUUGCGCAAGCGGAAGGAGGAAAAACCAAUGGUACACGAGCAGCUUCGCAAACUCGACGGACAAUCUGAGCGUCGAUCAAGAGCUUGACAAACUUGUUGGCAACAAUUCCAAAGCGAAAACGCUCACCAGCGUUCAUGAGGGCGAGGACAUGACUCUGUGCUGGAUAGAAACUACAACCAUCAAGGAGGACAAAAACGUUCGACCGCCGAAGAGGCUGGUGAUUCGGGAAUACACGAUAUCCUUCGAGAACUCGGCGACCAUACCGGACAGAUACCUCGAAUGUAAACGAUUUGAGGGCGAAUUAUCGACAAACGAUCACGAGAUCGGCAAAACAGCCUUGUUCGAGAUCAUAGACGAGAACACCCAAGUCAGUAAGGUCGUAAACUUUACUUCAGUCAGUCACGAGGGCAAUAUCACGGAUUGGCAAUACAAAACGGUGAAAUGCGGAGUCGGUCCAGUGGUCACUAAGAACAUUGUCGAAUACACCAGUUUGGAUAAUCCGAAAAAACGAGUAGAGAUCAAAGUCAGUCCGAAGAUAAAUUUGCUGACGGUGAAGUCUGACGAAGAACCGUGUACGGACAGUUCCGAAGAGAAUACGGACAAAAGUACUGAAUCUUGCGAAAAUGGAUCUUGUGGCAUGACCACGAUGUUUAAUGAAGUUCCAACAAAAAGCCAGGAAAUCGGCUCAACUGAGAAGACAGUCAGCGAAUCCGAGGGUAGUGAGGAAAUUUUGAAGUUAUCCACUGGUGUCACUAAAAAACUGUCGUCUGAGGAGGAGCCGAUAAAAACAACAGUUACUCCCGAGAUAUCAACUAAAAUCUCUGAAAAGAGCUCAAAUUGCGACGAGAAUCCGUUAGAUCCAGAGUGCUUAAAGCAAACAGUUGUUAAAUCAUCUUUGGAAGAAUUAUUCACAGAAUCUUCAGUUGAAUUAUCCACGACGGAGGCAGCUGAGAAGAGUGAAACAUCGACGAGCAAACAGAUAAUAAUUCCAAAUUUAAAAGAUCAAGAUAUAAGUACGAAGGAAGAGAUUUCCAAAGAAUUAUCAAUAUCAGAAGAGGACAAAUCCAUAUCUGAUAUAUUUACUACCGGUAUACCGGACAUUUCAAUUGAAUCUUCAGAAUCGGCAACAAUUCAACCAACAAGCGCAGAGUACACGACAAUAUCUAAAAGUUUUGAUUAUUAUGAUCAUAUUGCUACUACGCUAAAACCUACGGUAACAACUUCCACUCUAAGAAGAGAGGAAGUCGAAAAGAAACGUGCUACGUCCGAAGAACAUAACGAGGAAUUAUUAAGUCCCGAAUCGACAAGAAAAGAAUUAGAUGUAGCUGACAACGUUCUAUCUUCGCACGAAAUCAGUACUGCUCCGUAUACAACAACUACGAUUCCUUCGACGGAACAUUCAACAAAAACUGUAAUCUCAGCAUCUAAAGAAGAAGAAGAAGAAGAAGAAGAAGAAGAAGAAAGCAAAGAAAUAGUAAUAUCUGAAAGUAAAGAAACGACAGAACAAUCAACGGAAUUCAUAAUCUCAGCAUCUAAAGAAGAAGGAAGCGAGGAAAUAGUAACAUCCGAAAGUGAAGAGACGACAGAACAGUCAACAGAAGAAUUCAUAAUCUCAGCAUCCAAAGAAAAAGAAAGCGAAGAGAUAAUAAUAUCCGAAAGCAAAGAGAUAAAAGAAAAUGUAACUUUAUCAUCCAUAGAAGAAAGAAGCAAAGAGGUGGUAACGUCCGAAAGCAAAGAGACAACAGGAAGUACAAUUUCAACAUUUGAGGAAGAAGAAAGCGAAGAAGUAACAUCCGAAAGCGGAGAGACAAUAGAACAAUCAACAGAGAUUAUAAUCUCAGAAUCUAAAGAGAAGAAAACCGAAGAAGUAGCAACAUCUGAAAGUAAAGAAACAACAGAAAGUGUAACAUCAACAUCUGAAGAAGAAGAAAGCGAAGAAAUAACAACAUCCGAAAGCGAAGAGACGAUAGAACAGUCAACAGAAAUCGUAAUCUCAGCAUCUAAAGAAAAAGAAAACGAAGAAGUGAUAUCAUAUGAGAGCAAAGAAACGAUAGAACAGUCAGUAGAAAGCGUAACCUCAACAUCCGAAGAAGAAGGAAGCGAAAACGUGGUAAUAUCCAAAGAAACAGCAAAAAGUAUAACUUCAAUGUCCGAAGAAAGCGACGAAAUAAUAACAUCCGAAAGUGAAGAUACGAUAGAGCAGUCGACAGAAACCGUCGAAAUCUCAGCGUCUAAAGAAAAAGAAAGCAAAGAAGUGGUAACAUCUGAAAGCGAAGAGACAACAGAGAAGGUCAUCGGGAAAGAUAAACUAACGGCAGUGUCACUAACAAGUAGUGAAGGUGAGUCCUGUGAGAACUCCGAGGAUUGUGUCAGCAGUUCGGAGGCUUGUCUUGAGUCCGAAGAUUGCGGCAGUACGACCAAAAAAUCUUGCGAAUCGGAAACAUGUUCCGAAGAGAAAGAGGAGAUCAUCACUGAUGAAUCAAAAUCUGACAGUUCAUCGAUAAUCAGCGAGUCGUCCGAAGAAAUAAGCGGAAUCGAGCACACAACUGUUGCGAGUAUCGCCGACACAACAAUCAUUAAAAAAGAAGAUAAUAUUUCGAAGAACGAGAAUAUUCCCACUACCGUAGAGACUCGAAGAAGCACGCUCCCGUAUCAAAAGCACAAGUUGAAUUUGAAAAUCAAGAUUCUGCUGGAGCACAUUGACGAGAAGGAGAAGCACAACUUGGUCGAGGUUGAGAAGCAUUUGUCACUGUACGAAGAUAUAGAACAUCACGACCAUACCGAUUUGGUUGAACAACUGAAAUCCUUAAAUGACUCCGUUAACUUGGAGGCCUUGAAUGCGUUGCUAAAUUGUACCACUUUGAACAAUCUAACGAACGAUCCGCAUAUCAGCAAGAUAUUGAACAAUUCUUAUGAAGAGACUUUUGAAGAAUCAAAUCCCAGCUCCGAAGCAACAUCUCGAAGACGAAGAAGUCUUGAAGAAAUCAAAGAUGCGAUAAAAGAUUUGGUAUCAACAUCUCGAGAUAAUGAUUCGACGAAGAAAGAACAGCUUUCGACGACGACGAACAGCAACGCAGACAAAACCACUAUUGCCGUGUAUUUGGCAAACGACGCAAAUUUCACAACUUCAACAAAUAUCUUUGAAGAAGAAUCAAAUGAUACUAUAAAUCCGGCGAAGAACGACACAAAUUUUGCGACAACGUACAAUUCCGAAGAAGAAACAACAGACACUUUAAAUUCGACGCAGGAGACGUAUCUUUCCACGACGACAAAUAGUUUCGAGAAAGAAACAACUGAUAGUGUAAAUAUCGAAAACGUGACGUUCAACACAGAAAACAAAAGCGCAGUUCUUCCAGAAGAGACAAGCAAGGAUAAGACAAAGCUGAGUAUCGUGCGACGGGCGUUGUUAAAAUUACGAGAAGAUAUCUCGACAGGAUUCCAACAUAUUAUAUCGCAGUUGCAGUCUAAUCUGACCUUGGUCAACGACGAAAACAAAACCGAUAAAACAGAUCUGUUAGAUAUCAUAUCAGAUCCGAAAGAUGACAGGAUCACUUCGAGAAAGAGAAGAGAAAUCGCGGAAAAACAACUUGGACAUUGGUCGAACGAAAGGAUCGGAGAGGCGCCGAUAGGCAGUAAACUUAGAAGUUUCACUGAGUUUACAUUGUACAAAAGUCUUUUCUGAGUGAAGAUGCUACAAGAGGUUUCUUAUUUCAUUAUUUCCAGGUAAUUUUUAAAAUUAAAGUCAA